AUGGGCAAGUUUAUGAAACCCGGGAAGGUGGUGCUGGUCCUGGCCGGACGCUACUCCGGACGCAAAGCCGUCAUCGUAAAGAACAUUGACGAUGGCACCUCGGACCGCCCCUACAGCCAUGCUCUGGUGGCUGGAAUUGACCGCUACCCCCGAAAAGUGACGGCUGCCAUGGGCAAGAAGAAAAUUGCCAAGAGGUCAAAGAUCAAGUCUUUUGUGAAAGUUUAUAACUACAAUCACCUCAUGCCCACAAGGUACUCUGUGGACAUCCCCUUGGACAAAACUGUUGUCAACAAGGACGUUUUCAGAGACCCUGCUCUGAAACGCAAGGCCCGACGGGAGGCCAAAGUCAAGUUUGAAGAGAGGUACAAGACCGGCAAGAACAAGUGGUUCUUCCAGAAGCUGCGGUUUUAG